CCUGUAUAUAAUUGUUCUUGACCCUCCAGCUUCCACAUGUACUCUGUAACUGUUUGUACAAGCCUUAUUCUAAGAAAUCUACACUCGUGUUUUGAUUUUGUUAUCGUGGUCUUGUUCUGUUACGUGAAAACCGCCCUGAUUUCACAGACCAAAAGUAUUUGUCCAUAAACACAUUCUGGAAACUCUAAGAAACGGCGUAUUAAGAGAUCCAGCCCGGCGUCCGGCACACCGACACCAAAAGCCUCGCAGAGGAACGGAAGGAGAAGGCGCUCACGCAGCGGGGCGGGCGGUGGCACCCCGGAAAGGGCGGGCUGCGCGGCGGAAGCGGCAGGGCCGGGCCGGGGCGGUCGGACCGCGGCCGCCCGAGGCGCGAGCGCGGGGCCAUGCCGGGCCGGAAGGAGAAGAAGCGGCGGCGCUCCCGCUCCUGCUGCCCUGAGGGAGCCGCGGGCGGCGACAGGAAGCGGCGGAGCGCCGAGACAGGCCGCGCUGCGCUGGAGGAAGAAAAAUGCAAUGUGCCAUCUGGAGAAAAAACAGAAGAACCUGAGCAACUCAGUGAUGUAGAGGAAGGGGGAUUAGAUCUCAGUGUGUCUCUCAAACCAGUCAGUUUCUACAUUGCAGACAAGAAGGAAAUGCUUCAGCAGUGUUUCUGUGUCAUAGGGGAGAAGAAACUACAGAAGAUGCUGCCUGACAUUUUAAAGAGCUGUUCCAUGGAUGAAAUCAAAAGGCUUUGCUUGGAGCAGUUGGAGAUGUUGUCAGAAAAAAAACUGUUGAAGAUACUUGAAGGCAAGAGUGGAGCUGAUUCUGAUACUGACGAGGAUGGAGAUGGAGAAGACAAGACUGGAGGUGAAUCAGUCAGUCAGCAGGACAACAGCAUAGACUCCACUUCUUCUUUGAGAGAAGACAAGCUGGAAGGUCAGGAAUCAAAACAAGGCAAAGGAGAAGAUAGUGAUGUCCUCAGCAUAAAUGCAGAUGCAUAUGAUAGUGACAUAGAGGGUCCGUGUGAUGAAGAAGGCAGCCCAGAUGUACAAGAAGACACUGUCAGAAGUGGAGCUGGUCAGAUUGAUGACCUUCAGAAGGACAUUGAGAAAAGUGUGAAUGAGAUACUGGGGUUGGCAGAAUCUAGUUCAAAGGAGUCUAAAGCAGCAAGCUUAGCUGUUCCUCCAUUAGAAGAUGUUCAGCCAUCAGCACAGCAGCUAGAGCUCCUUGAGCUUGAAAUGAGAGCCAGAGCUAUUAAGGCUCUAAUGAAGGCUGGUGAUGUAAAAAAACAGCCCUAAGAUUGUUUACAAUAAAUUCUCACUGUCUUUUGAAA